AUGGCCAACUACCUCGCUUCCAUCUUCGGUACCGAGCAGGACAAGGUCAACUGCUCCUUCUACUACAAGAUCGGCGCAUGCCGACACGGCGACCGCUGCUCCCGAAAGCACGUCAAGCCUUCCUACUCCCAGACCGUUCUCAUGCCCAACAUGUAUCAAAACCCAGCCUACGACCCCAAGAGCAAGAUGAACCCCAGCCAGCUGCAAAACCACUUCGACGCUUUCUACGAAGACGUAUGGUGCGAGCUGUGCCAGUAUGGCGAGCUCGAAGAGCUAGUCAUCUGCGACAACAACAAUGAUCACUUGAUCGGCAACGUGUACGCGCGAUUCAAAUACGAAGAAGACGCCCAGACAGCAUGCGACACACUCAACUCCCGCUGGUACGCCGCGCGACCCAUAUACUGUGAACUAUCGCCCGUGACAGAUUUCCGAGAAGCGUGUUGUCGACUGAAUAGCGGCGAGGGGUGUGUGCGAGGCGGGUUCUGCAACUUCAUUCAUCGCAAGAAUCCCUCGGCGGAGCUGGAUCGGGAGAUACGGUUGAGCACGAAGAAGUGGUUGAAGGAGCGUGGUCGGGAUGCGCGCAGUGUUAGCCGCAGCCCCAGUCCUGAGCCGACUCGGCGGAGGUUUUAG